CAUGCCUAGGGGCUUGAUUGUAUACACCUGUGUCCAUGGAGGGGAUUGGAACACCUGAAUCACAUGAUAUGGAGGGGGAUUGGAACACCUGAAUCACAUGAUAUGGAGGGGAUUGGAACACCUGAAUCACAUGAUAUGGAGGGGAUUGGGAACACCUGAAUCACAUGAUUGGGAGGGGAUUGGAGCACCUGAAUCACAUGAUUGGGAGGGGAUUGGAGCACCCGAAUCACAUGAUAUGGAGGGGAUUGGAACACCCGAAUCACAUGAUAUGGAGGGGAUUGGAACACCCGAAUCACAUGAUAUGGAGGGGAUUGGAACACCCGAAUCACAUGAUAUGGAGGGGAUUGGAACACCCGAAUCACAUGAUAUGGAGGGGAUUGGAAAACACCCGAAUCACAUGAUAUGGAGGGGAUUGGAACACCCGAAUCACAUGAUAUGGAGGGGAUUGGGACACCCGAAUCACAUGAUAUGGAGGGGAUUGGGAACACCCCGAAUCACAUGAUAUGGAGGGGAUUGGAACACACCGGAAUCACAUGAUAAGGAGGGGA